GAGCACCCAAAACAGAUCACUUUGUUUGCUUUGGGACCCCUCACCAACAUAGCACUGGCCUAUCAUUUGGAUAACAAAUUGUUUGACAAUUUGGAGCAAAUCGUGUUUAUGGGCGGAACUCUUGAUUUCAACGGAAAUAUGGAUCCCGUGAAGGAGUUUAAUAUAGCGAGUGAUGUAGAGGCCUGUCAUAUAGUGCUGUCCAAUGCUAAGGACAAGUGUCCUUUCACAGCAGUUCCCAUUGAAUGCUGUGAGAGUAAUCUGAUGACCUGGGACAUUUAUGACAAAAUAGUAGCGUUGGGGACAAAGAAGUCCACAUUUGCAAAACAAGUCUUAGCCAUGGAGUACAGUAGAGUUCACCCUCAACCUGGAGCUAAAGGUAUGAUAAUGUUUGAUAUGUUGGCAAUUAUUGCACUCUUGUAUGCGGACUAUAUUGAGAACUCCACUCCAUAUAAGACAUCGAUUGAAUUGAACGGAACCCUCACGAGAGGGGAACUGGUGUUUGAUAAGAGAACGCCGGGACCUGAUGUUAAACCCAUGGACUGGACUUCGGUUAUGUUUAUCAAACACUUUAAAGAUUCAAAGUUU